AUUUCUGUGGAAACUGAUACAUUUUAUUCUUCAGGAUUCUUUGAUGCAUAGAAAGUUCUAAAGCACAGCAUUUAUUUGAAAUAUAAUCUUUUGUAACAUUAUACAUGUCUUUACUGUCGCUUUUGUUUCAGUUUAAUGCAUCUGUGAAUAAUAAAAGUAUGAAAAAAUGAAGUGAUGUUUGCGGUGGAUGUAGUGUUUAGCUCAGAUUGAGCUGCUCUUCUAUAAUGAGGGGGAUCAAUAGAUGUGUGUGUGUGUGUGUUUGGACCGUACCAUCAGGGGCUUUAAUGCAGCGGCGCGUCGAGUGUGUGUUCAGUCACAUCAGACACACACACACACACGAUCAUGAAGCAUCACUGCGCCAUCAAACACAGCAUCUUCAAAGAGUUCCUGGCCGAGUUCCUCGGGACCUUCGUGCUGGUGUUGUUCGGCUGCGGGUCGGUGGCCCAGACAGUGUUGAGCAGAAACACUCUCGGCGAGCCACUGACGGUCCACAUCGGCUUCAGCACUGGACUCAUGAUGGGCGUCUACGUGUCCGGCGGCGUGUCGGGUGGUCACCUCAACCCGGCCGUGUCCCUGGCGAUGGUGAUCCUGGGGAAGCUGAAGAUCUGGAAGUUUCCCAUCUAUGUGACGGCGCAGAUGCUCGGGGCGUUCGUCGGGGCCGCCGCAGUGUUCGGACUGUAUUACGAUGCCUUCAUGGAGUUCACCAGCGGGAUCCUCUCGGUGACGGGGAUCAACGCCACAGGACACAUCUUCGCGUCAUAUCCGGGGAGACACCUGACCGUCCUGGGCGGAUUCGUGGAUCAGGUGGUGGGAACGGGAAUGCUGGUUCUCUGUAUUCUGGCCAUCGUGGACGGGAGGAACAUCGGCGCCCCUAGAGGCGUGGAGCCGCUGGCCGUGGGCCUGAUCCUGCUGGGCAUCAGUGUGUCGAUGGGCCUGAACUGCGGAUACCCCCUGAACCCCGCGCGAGACCUCGGCCCGAGACUCUUCACUGCAGUGGCCGGGUGGGGGAUGGAGGUGUUCAGCACUGCAGAUAACUGGUGGUGGAUCCCUGUUGCCGGGCCGAUGGUGGGGGGGGUCGUCGGCGCUGUGAUCUACUUUCUGUUGAUCGAGCUUCAUCACCCCAAACACACUGACAAACCUCUCGAAGAACCCGAGGAAGAGGAGGAUGAGGAGGAAGACGAGGACAGCAGCCUGAAGGACAAAUACGAGAUGAUCAACAUGAGCUAGAACACAAUAAAGCUGGUCAUUUUCAUACUGUUUUCGUGAGUAAACUC